GCCACGAUCAUGAAUGGCUGGGAGGAGUUCCUCAACCGCGACGCCCGAGGCACGGAGGUCUCCUGGAGCACCUACGUCAAGUGCCAGGCAUGCGAGGAGCGCCCCGCGGCGAGGGAGGCGGCUCUCAGGGCUGGCCGGAGGGCUGCAACGGCAGAGCCUGCCCGGGCACCCGCAAUCAGGGCCGCCCUCCAGCUGUGGGAGGAGCUCGUCUCGGAGCACCCCGGAGCUUUGGGGGGCACGCCCGCUUUCCGCUGGGGACCCCGCUUCAAGGAAGUGUUCGCGGGAACCGCGGGGGUGACCCGCGCGGCGAAGCAGCUGGGCAUCCAAGCGGAUGAGCCUGUGGAGCUGUACCGGAACCCCCUGCACCCCAAGGAGUCAGAGAGGAGGGGGGACCACGACCUCUCGAACCCCGACGUCGCCGAGGCCCUGGUCAAAGAGGCAGAUACUCCCCCGGGCCCGGGAGUGGCCAACGUGUGGAUGUUCGAAAACCCGUGCACCUCCUUCUGCGACCACAACACCAAAGGGGGCACCCGCACCUGGGAGAAGCCGGAGGGGACCGGUGUAAACGGCAAGGAGGUCUUGGGAAACGCCCUCUCCCAGACCACGGUGAGGUGCAUACGGAACCUUCAUAAAUGGAGGAAGGGAUGGAUCUUCGAGAACCAGGAGCACAGAGGGAUAUAUCCCAAGGUCUACCACCUCCCCGAGUGGUUGGAAAUCCUGGAGGAGACCGGUGCCGUGAUCAUCCCGGGAACGAUGCGCGCCUGGGGCCUCCAUCCCUCAGACGCUUCGUCCCCCCAUCAGUUCUAUCGCAAGGGGCGCUGGCUGGUCGUCUCCGCGAACCUGGCCCCCUUCUUCACGAAGCUCCGGAGACCCUGCCCCGGUCUCUCCCCGACGCACCAGCACGUGGAGCUCAGGGGCAACGUCCCAGGGACAGGCAUCAAGCGGACAAGGGAAGCCGCCCAAUACCCCCCGCGCUUCGCCCGCGCCGUGGCGCUGGCCAUUUGGACGGACUGGGCGCAGGAGCUGUGCACUCAUUGCGCGGACAACCCCAAGUACUCCCCCGAAGUUGUGAAGGAGGGGGCCCGACUCGGUGAUGGCCUAGUCCAGGCGGCGGGAGGCUGGAAGGAAGCAGUCGACUGCUACCGAGAGGCCUGGACGAGCCGGUGGGGGAACAACCUGGACGGGGUCUUCAAGGAUGAGCUAUGCGAGCUGCUCGACCCCGACAUCAGGGAUUACCUCCACCAGAUGGUGAAGGGCGGGGUUCCCGCCCGCCAACCGCUGGCCCAGGUUCGGGUCCCCUCCAAACCGCACAUGAGCGUGCAGGGGCACAUGGAGGAGGCGAUGGAGAAGUUGUGGAAGGACGCCAAGAGGGGGAGGGCCCCCCUCUGCGGAAAGGACUCGGAACCUUACCUAAGCGGGGUCCUCUCCUCCCCCUGGGGAAGGGUGCCGAAGAUGAACCCCGACCGCACGAUCUCGGAGGAAGGAAGGUUUAUCCACGACCAGAGGGCGAUGAACGAGACGGGGCACAAGUACCUCCACCCCCCAGCCUUGCAGCCCCGCCAUCGGGGGCUGGCGCGAGAGAUCACCUGGUGGAAGGAGCGGCACCCGGGGGUAAAAAUCCGGAUCGCCAAGCGGGACAUAGCGGAGGCCUUCCGCUGGAUCUGGUUACGGGCGGAGGAUGCCGGCAUGUUCGCCACGGAGCUCCCUGGCAAGGUGGUCGGGAUGGAGGGCAACCUGGUGGCCAUCUACCUCGUCCUCACCUUCGGGUGGAUCGGGGGCCCGGGGGAGUACAUGGCCUUCGGGACGGCCCUGAAGCAGUGCCAUGACCGCCACCGGCCGGCCGACCCAGGAUGGCACGACGACGUGCCCCACCACUCGCACCUCCUCAUGGACGACGACGGGGCCCGUAGAGUAUUCGGGCCUCUUGCGAUCAACGCGGAGAAGAAGGACGAGGAGGGAGAGUUCCGCGUGGACCAGAUCUGCUGGGGGGUCCACGUGAACACGGAGGAGGAGACCCUGCGGCUCCCCGAGGAGAAGGUCAACAAGAUCCGGAUCCUGCUGAGUGACCCGGCCUACGACACGGGGAACACCCAGGAAGCCCUGAAGGAUGUCCAGGUCCUCCGCGGCACCCUCAACUUCGCGGCCAUCACCUGCCCCCCCCUCCGCCCCGAGUUGGGGGCGGUAGACCGGCUCCUCCGCGCUGCGGACCCGGCUGGGGUUUGGGUCAAGAUCGAGGAGAGCAGCGAGGGGGGGGAGAAGGACGCGUGGGACGAGUGGUGGGAGGCGCUGGAAGUUUUCCGCCUAUACGCGGGAGCGCCCCAGGCCUGGACCACCCACUUUAAUGCAGGCUUGAAGGGGGUCCUCCAACCCCAGGAGCGGCUCGCCCUCCCCGGCGGAAUGGAGGAGCUGGUCUGGACCGGAGGGGACGCCACCGAGACCCGGGUGGGGGCCGCAGACUGGUCAAACGGGGUGUACGGGGUCAUGGAUGUCAAGGAGGUCAUGGAGCCGUUCCACGCGGUUUUUGGGGAGGGAGCCGACAUCAUCGCCAUCUGCGAGCUGUUUACCUUCCUGGUGCUCGCGGUGGCCCAGGCCCCGAGAUGGGAGGGGCGCCUGGUCCUCUACGUCACGGACAACACCAGCGCGGAGAUCUGGCUCAACAAGCGGACGGCGAAGAACCGCCUCGCCCGCUACGGACUGCGCCUCCUCCAACUCCUGGAGACCCGCCACGGGUUCCACACGGUCACGGCGGGAAUUUGGACCAAGCACAAUAGCAGCAUGGACCUCAUCUCCCGGGAGACGAGGAGCGUAGUCCAGGAGGAGAUGAACCGCUUCGGCUUGGAGGAGAUCGACCUCAAGGGACCCUGGAGGGAAGUGCUCGCGGGGGCGGAGAAAGGCCGCCCUUUGGUCCUCCCUGGAGACUCGGAGGAGGGACGCCGGCUGGCUUACCAGCUGGUGGAGCGCCGCCGGGCGCGGGGACCGCCCGCCGGACCCUUGGCCGGGGUGCAGGUCUUCGA